AUCUGCCAUGUUACUAUGUUACAUUCUCUUCUCUCCUGCACUGUUGAGCUCCGCCCAUUCCUGUCACAUGAUCCUUCCCGCAGGUCCUUCAGCCGCAGUCACAUCUAUACUGCUAAACUUUACCCCCAAAUGUACUGGUCACAUGAUUAUGACAUCAUCACAGGUCCUACACCUCCAGCAUGUAGCGGAUACAGAGCAGGUCCUGGUGGGGCAGUCACUGCUGUUGUAUGUGGAGAUCUCUCAGAGCAGCAGCCCCUGAUCAUGUGACUCCUCCUCCUCAAUGUGACUGAUCACAUGACGGUGACAUCAUCGCAGGUCCUGUAAGCACACGGCUUCUCUACAGAUACAGGUUUCUCCAAUCCAGGAUCCUCUGCUGAUAUCUUCUAUAUAAGAGAAUUCUCCUGGAUGACCCAUCAACCAUGGAGAGAGAGAGGAACAAGAUGGCCGACAGGAUCAUAAACCUCACCCUACAGAUACUCUUCCGGCUUACUGGAGAGAAUUACACAGUAGUGAAGAAGUCCUCUAGUGGGCGCUGUCGGGCCCCUGUGUGUGAAGGAUGGGGAAGAACCCUGAGCCCAAUCCCGGGGACCCCACCUCACUCCCUGAUACAUGAGGAAAUGGAUGAACAGAAGAUCCGAGAACUCAUCAAGAUGAUGGACCUGCUGACUGGAGAGGUUCCUAUAAGGUAUCAGGACGUGGUGGUCUAUUUCUCCAUGGAGGAGUGGGAGUAUGUAGAAGGACACAAGGAUCAGUACAAGGAUCAGGUCAUGAUGGAGGAUCAGCAGCCCCUCACAUCACCAGUCAGAUCCAGUAAGAGAACAGCACCAGAGAGGUGUCCCCGUCCUCUUCUUCCACAGGAUGAUCAGGGUGAAGAUCCGAACAAUAUUAAUGCUCCAGAGACAGAUGUGAGCGGUGAUGAACAGUAUAAGGAGGACAUUCCUACAGGGAAAGAUCUGAACAAUAUUAAUGCUACAGAUAUGAAGGAAGAAGAAGAGACAGAUGUGAGCAGUGAUGAGCAGUAUAAGGAGGACAAUCCUACAGAGAAAGAUCUUAUCUAUAUUAAUGCUACAGACAUAAAGGAAGAAGAAGAGACAGAUGUGAGCAGUGAUGAGCAGUAUAAGGAGGACAUUCCAACAGGAAAAGAUCUGAACAAUAUUAAUGCUACAGAUAUGAAGGAAGAAGAAGAGACAGAUGUAAGCGGUGAUGAGCAUUAUAAUGAGGACAUUCCUACAGGGAAAGAUCUGAACAAUGUUAAUGCUACAGACAUAAAGGAAGAAGAAGAGACAGAUGUGAGCGGUGAUGAGCAGUAUAAGGAGGACAUUCCUACAGAGAAAGAUUUGAUCCAUAUUAAUGCUACAGACAUAAAGGAAGAAGAAGAGACAGAUGUGAGCGGUGAUGAGCAGUAUAAGGAGGACAUUCCUACAGAGAAAGAUUUGAUCCAUAUUAAUGCUACAGACAUAAAGGAAGAAGAAGAGACAGAUGUGAGCAGUGAUGAGCAGUAUAAGGAGGACAUUCCUACAGGUAACCGCCCAGAUUCUUGUAGCAGGAGAUCAGAGGAGAAUCUUAUAUCUUCAGAUUAUAAAGCAGAUGAUGAUAUCACACAAGAUACAUAUGAAGAACAUUCCAUUAUCCCAGAUACACCCUCAGCCCUUCACAGCCAAGAUCUGUCAUCUCAUCCUUAUAUACAGGUCCUGUCUUCUCAGUCAUCACAGGAUGUUCAGCAAAAUAAAGGUCAUAGAAGGGGUGUUAAAGAUAAAAGAGCUCAAAGAGGAAAGAAGCCAUUUUCAUGUUCAGAAUGUGAAAAAUCUUUUACUUCUAAAUCACAUCUUGUUCAACAUAAAAGAACUCACACAGGGGAGAAGCCAUUUUCAUGUUCAGAAUGUGAGAAAUGUUUUAAUACGAAAUCAAAUCUUAUUCAACAUCAAAUAACUCACACAGGAGAGAAGCCAUUUUCAUGUUCAGAAUGUGGGAAAUGUUUUGCUCUGAAAUCAAUUAUUGUUCAACAUCAAAGAACUCACACAGGAGAGAAGCCAUUUUCAUGUUCAGAAUGUGGUAAAUGUUUUACUCAGCAAUCAAAUCUUGUUAAACAUCAAAGAACUCACACAGGAGAGAAGCCAUUUUCAUGUUCAGAAUGUGGGAAAUGUUUUACUCAGCAAGCAAAUCUUGUUAAACAUCAAAUAACUCACACAGAAGAGAAGCCAUUUUCAUGUUUACAAUGUGGGAAAUGUUUUACUCGGAAAUUAAGUCUUAUCGGACAUCAAAGAACUCACACAGGGGAGAAGCCAUUUUCAUGCUCAGAAUGUGGGAAAUGUUUUAUCCUGAAAUCAAUUCUUGCUGUACAUCAAAGAACUCACACAGGGGAUAAGCCAUUUUCAUGUUCCGAAUGUGGGAAAUGUUAUACUGGGAAAUCAAAUCUUGUUCAACAUCAAAGAACUCACAUAGGGGAGAAGCCAUUUUCAUGUGCAGAAUGUGGCAAAUGUUAUACUGGGAAAUCAAAUCUUGUUCAACAUCAAAGAACUCACACAGGGGAGAAGCCAUUUUAAUGUGCAGAAUGUGGUAAAUGUUCUACUGGGAAAUCAAAUCUUGUUAAACAUCAAAGAACUCCCACAGGGAAGAAGACAUUUUUAUGUUCUAAGUGUGGGAAAUGUUUUACUCAGCAAUCACAUCUUGUUAAACAUAAAAGAACUCACACAUCUAUAUAUUAACCAUGUACAUAGGAUAGUUGACAGUAAUACAUACUUAUAUAUAUUUAUACAAUAUAUGCUUCAUCUCCAAACUUGUUAUUAAUUUUUAAGAAGUUUUCUUUCUUAUUAUUUAUUCCUAUAUUCAUCUCCGCACACUGGACUUAUAAUAAAUGUAAUAUUGUCCCUGAGGUUGUAUAUAGGGAAUGUAACGCGUCAGUGUUGUCCCCGCCCCCUUCUCAUUAUGAUUAUAGAGACUUUAGUUCAAACCAUCGGUGCAAAAAAAGUUCCCAGUUCAAAAUUUGAGAAACCUGUUUAAUGUCAAAAUUUCUUUAAAUCUGUUAGCUAUUGCUCUGAGGUCAGUCAAUUUCCCUCGGUGUGCCGGAUCCCACAAAUAUGGGAUGGACAAGGAUUUACAAUGUUUGGCCUUGAGCCUAGAGGCCAAUAGCCUCCCCGCCUUAUCCGAGUUCAUGUCAUACGAAGCCCUGAGUUUCCUUGCCCUCUUCUCAUAAUCUAUGAAUAAGAGUUCCUGUAGAGAGGUCCUCAGAGCCUUCAGCUUAUCUAUAGUAACAGGGGAAGGUGUCUGUUGGUUAGUAAGUUCUGCCUGCUUGAUCUCAGAAAGCAAGGAGGUCAUUUCAGAAAGCCAGGAGGUCAUAGCUUUUUCCCGUUCCCUCUUAACUCUGGCUCCAAGUUUAAUAAAGGACCCCCUAAUGAAGGCCUUGUGGGCAUUCCAGAUUGUAUGAAUGCUGGAGGGGUCAUUAGCAUGAAUGUGGAAAAACUCUUUAAAAUCUCUCAAUAGUGUAUUGUUAUGUGUAGCAUGGUUAAGUAAGAAUAAAUUUGUGUGCCAUAGGUAUGUGAGAGGGAGGCGGCCCUGUUCCUUAAUCGACAUAGUGAUGGGCGAGUGGUCUGACCAUGUAUUAAGUUCUAUGGCUGUAUCUAGUAAAACUGUUUUGUCGACUAAGAACAUAUCUAAUCUGGCGUAACUAUUGUGGGCAGAGGAGAGGUGGGAGUAGUCCCUCACUGAGGGAUGCAUAGCCCUCCAUAUAUCAUAGUAAGAGGAUGAAGAGAUAACCUCUCUAAGGUCAGACGAGUGUACAUGUGAUCCCGGUGCAGUCCCACUCCUUGUCAGCCACCGCAUUAAAA